UGUGUCCGUGGGGUGUCCGCCGACGUUGUCGCGCCGGUAUAUAGUCACAUAUCAGAAAACAUUCGCUGAUUUAUCGCAGUUUAUCGGCGCACAUCGGCCUGUGUCUCCUGAAUGUGAAAAAGUUCAGUCCCAUAAUCGUCAAACGAAUUAAAGAAUCAUGUUGCGUCUCAUGAGGAGGGUCCAGCCCUUGAGGGCGUACUCAUCAGCUGCCCUCCCGGCUCCGGAAACCAACCCCUCGAUAAUGUACUGUGGGAUAUUCAUAAACAACGAAUGGCGCAAAUCCGAGUCUGGCAGGACAUUCGAAACGAUAAACCCCUCCACCGGGGAGGUAAUCGCCGAAGUCCAGGAAGGAGAUGCUGCGGACGUCGACGUAGCUGUGCAGGCAGCCAGGAAGGCAUUUCGCCUUGGUUCCCCAUGGAGAACGAUGGACGCCUCUCAACGCGGGGUCCUCCUGAACAAACUAGCCGACCUCAUCCACCGAGAUCGAACGUACCUGGCGUCCCUAGAGACACUUGACAAUGGAAAACCGUAUUCUGCAUCUUACGGGUUCGAUGUGCCCGCCAGUGCUGGGGUCCUGCGGUAUUUCGCUGGUUGGGCUGACAAAAACCAUGGGAAGGUCAUCCCCAUGGACGGAAAUUUCAUGGCGUACACGAGGCAUGAGCCUGUUGGCGUCUGCGGUCAGAUCAUCCCCUGGAACUUUCCACUGCUGAUGAUGGCCUGGAAGAUCGCCCCAGCUCUCGCCACUGGGAACACCAUCAUCCUGAAACCUGCUGAGCAGACACCACUCACUGCUCUGUACCUAGCACAACUGGCUAAGGAGGCUGGCUUCCCUCCUGGAGUCCUCAAUGUUGUGCCUGGAUUUGGACAGGCUGGGGCUGCUAUCGUGGCUCAUAAUGACGUCGACAAGGUCGCUUUCACUGGCUCCACUGAGGUGGGAAAACUCGUCAAACAGGGGGCUGCCAUGAGCAAUCUGAAGAGAACUAGCUUGGAGCUGGGGGGAAAGUCACCCAACAUCAUAUUCAAGGAUGCUAAUCUCGAUUAUGCUGUUGAAACCGCACAUUUUGGACUGUUUUUCAAUAUGGGCCAGUGCUGCUGCGCUGGCUCCAGGACUUUUGUUGAGGAUGACAUCUACGAUGAGUUCGUGGAGAAGAGUGUCAAGAGGGCCGAGAAGAGGAUGGUUGGGAAUCCUUUUGAUCUUAAUAUUGAGCAUGGGCCACAGGUUGAUGAGGAACAAAUGAACAAAAUUCUCUCUAUGAUUGAGAGUGGAAAAUCACAAGGCGCCAAAUUGGAGACUGGGGGCACCAGAAUAGGGGACAAGGGAUACUUCGUCGCCCCAACAGUUUUUGCUGAUGUUCAGGACGACAUGACUAUUGCUCGCGAAGAAAUUUUCGGUCCUGUACAGCAGAUUCUCAAGUUCAGUCAGAUUGAUGAAGUCAUUCAUCGUGCUAAUAAAACUGAUUAUGGUCUCGCAGCUGCUGUGUUUACUAAAGACAUUGAUAAGGCGAAUCAUUUGAUUCAGGGCCUGAGAGCUGGCACUGUUUGGGUCAAUACUUAUAACGCUCUGUCAUCCCAAAUGCCUUUCGGUGGUUACAAAAUGUCAGGACAAGGAAGGGAAUGCGGUGAAUAUGGACUCGAGGCUUACACAGAAGUGAAAAGCGUCAUCAUGAAGGUCCACGAGAAGAACAGUUAAAUACCUCAAACUACAAAAAAAUUGUACAAAGUCGUAUUUCCGAUAUGAAAUACUCAGAUAUUUACAAGUGUUGCACAAUACGAGAUUUUUCAUAGAUAUUUUUUUAAUUUCUAGUUCUUAUAAAAGAUACAUUGUUCCAACGAUUGGUGCUCGAAUCACAAUUCCGGUAGAAUAAAAAUGAUGAAAAUGAA